GGCUGAGGGUGUCCAAGGGGCGCAGAGCCCUGGGGUGCCCAGUCCCAGGAGAGCCGCUCUCUGAGGAGGAAGCAGCUCCCUGGCUCUGUCUGCGCCAGACGCCGAUAGCGAUAGCGGCCGACAGCGACAGACGACGAGAGCGACGAGGGCAAAGCCAACUCCAACUCCCGGUCCCACAGCCCCUUGCCCAGCUGGCUGGAAGCCCCCAGCGGGCAGUGGUCGGGGGCAGUGGGCAGCUCAGUCCUGCCACUGGCACAGGCUGAGGAGGAGGAGAGGCCCCUCGCUGACAUGGACCGAGAGCUUUCCCGGAGGGAAGGUACACAAGAGACAUCCCAGAGAGAAGGACCAGGAGUCCAAGAAAUGUCCCGGCAGGGAGCCAGGAGCAGCCAAGAGCUGUACCAAGGCCAGAGUCCCACGGAGGCCGAGCCGGCAGCUGCUGCCCCGGCAGGAGCUGCUGAGGAGGAGGAGCCCCCCGAGGCUCUCCUGUCCCAAGAAGAAGAUUUGGGAGACCAAGAGUUGUUCCCGGGGGAGGACGAUGUGAGCUCCAGUUCUGGGGAGAAGCCUGUGGGCACAGUGAAGGAGGAGGCCACGCAGACUUGUCCCUCGUCCUGUGACAAGGAGCUGUCCCAGGUUAAAGAGGCCAUCAAGCUCUCUGCAGGGGACAGCAACACUGAGCCAGAGCUGUCCAAAGGGGAAGAGGCAAUCAAGGACAUUCCAUGGGACAGCAAAACUGACCAGAUGCUGUCCCUAGUGGAAGACAACAUUGAGGUUGUUCCAGAGGAUGGCAAAAGUGACCAGGAGCUGUCCUCAGUGGAAGAGGACAUCGAGGGCAUUCCAAAGGACAGCAAGAGUGACAAGGAGGUGUUCUCAGUGGAAGCGCUCAUCGAGGAUGUUCCAGAGGAUGGCACGAGUGACCAGGAGCUGUCCUCAGUGGAACUGGCCAUCGAGGGCAUUCCAUGGGACAGCAUGAGUGACAAGGAGCUGUCCUCAGUGGAAGAGGACAUCGAGGGCAUUCCAGAGGAGAGCACGAGUGGCAAGGAGCUGUCCGAAGGGGAAGUGGCCAUCAAGGGCAUUCCAGAGGAGAGCACGAGCGGCAAGGAGCUGUCCGAAGGGGAAGAGGCCAUCAAGGGCAUUCCAGAGGAGAGCACGAGCGGCAAGGAGCUGUCCGAAGGGGAAGAGGCCAUCGAGGGCAUUCCAUGGGAUAGCACAACUGACCAGAUGCUGUCCUCAGGGGAAGUGGCCAUCAAGGUUGUCCCAUGGUACAGCACAAGUGACCAGGAGCUGUCCUCAGUGGCAGAGGCCAUCAAGGGCAUUCCAGAGGACAGCAUGAGUGACCUGGAGCUGUCCGAAGGGGAAGUGGCCAUCGAGGGCAUUCCAGAGGAGAGCACGAGUGGCAAGGAGCUGUCCGAAGGGGAAGAGGCCAUCGAGGGCAUUCCAUGGGAUAGCACAACUGACCAGAUGCUGUCCUCAGGGGAAGUGGCCAUCAAGGUUGUCCCAUGGUGCAGCACAAGUGACCAGGAGCUGUCCUCAGUGGCAGAGGUCAUAAUGGGCAUUCCAGAGGACAGCAUGAGUGACCUGGAGCUGUCCGAAGGGGAAGAGGCCAUCGAGGGCAUUCCAUGGGAUAGCACAACUGACCAGAUGCUGUCCUCAGGGGAAGUGGCCAUCAAGGUUGUCCCAUGGUACAGCAAGAGUGACCAGGAGCUGUCCUCAGUGGCAGAGGCCAUCAAGGGCAUUCCAGAGGACAGCAUGAGUGACCUGGAGCUGUCCGAAGGGGAAGUGGCCAUCGAGGGCAUUCCAGAGGACAGCAUGAGUGACCUGGAGCUGUCCGAAGGGGAAGUGCCCAUCAGGGUUUUCCCAUGGGACAGCACAAGUGACCUGGAGCUGUCCUCAGUGGAAGUGGCCAUCGAGGGCAUUCCAGAGGACAGCAAGAGUGACAAGGAGCUGUUCUCAGUGGAUCAGGGCAUCGAGGUUAUUCCAUGGGACAUCAUGAGUGACCUGGAGCUGUCCUCAGUGGAAGAGGACAUCGAGGGCAUUCCAGAGGACAGCAAGAGUGACAAGGAGCUGUCCUCAGUGGAAGAGGACAUGGAGGUUAUUCCAUGGGACAGCACGAGUGACCUGGAGCUGUCCUCAGUGGAAGAGGCCUUCGAGGGCAUUCCAGAGGCCUGGGUGGAGUGCCCGGCACAGGAGCCGUGCAGCCAAGGGCCGGCGCCUGCCCCGCACAGCCCCCCCAGCCCCUGGCCUGCCCGGCUGCGAGCCCAGGCCCUCCGCGGGCAGCCGGCUGCCCCCAGGAAACGUCCCUCCCGCUUCAGGCGGGCGCUGCGGGCGCUGCGGGGGCUGUUCCGCUGUCCCUGCCUGAGGCCACGGCCGGAGGAGUAAAACAGACGAGGAAAAAGGUUAAGAAGAUGAAGACAAAGACGGUGAAGAAGAGGAGGACAAUGAAGACGACCGCUCCUGCCUGUCCCACUCCUCUGGUGUCGCAGCAGCAGCUGUUCGGUUCAGCUCGAGGGACUGAAAGAUUGCUGCUGCAGCUCCUCCAAGCCAAGGAAGGGAAAAGCUUUUGGAUGGGCCAACAAAGCCAAGCAAGCCAAGCAAAACCAGAGUAGGCAGAGUCCCGAACCAGAGCCUGGGCAGUGAGGUUUGAAAAAAGUGAGGCUUUGGCCCAUCCAACGAACACAAAGCUCCUCCCUUCCCUGCCCCGCACACACUCGGCCCCGGGCCUGGAAGGUGCAGCAGCCAUUUCUUGGGCACAAAGCAGAGGCUCCUGGAACAGACUCUCAGCACAAACCACUCCAAGACAAUGGCAAAGACGACAAAGAAGAUUAAGACAAAGACACAGCAGACAAUGAAGAAGACAAAGAUGACAUAGCAGAUGAAGAAGAGGAGACAGUGAGGGAAAUGGAUAUCAAGAAGAAGACGACAAAGAAAAAGAAGACAAAGAUGAAGACUAAGAAGACAAGAGGGAGAAGGCUUAUUUAAGAAUAGAUAGAAGAAUAGUGACAAGAAUUUAGAAAUACUUAGAAGAAGAAGAGUAUUAGGAAUAGGAGUAAGAAUUUAAAAAUACGUAGAAGAAGAAGAAAAAGAAGAAUAGGAAUAGGAAUAAGAAUAUUAAAAAUACAUAGAAGUAGCAAAGAAGAAGAAUAGUAGGACAGAGUAGGAAGGCACUCCCUUGGCACACGCCUGUCCUGUUUCCCCUUGUCCUGUCCCUGUUCCCUGGGAGCAGAGCCCGACCCCCCUGGCUGCCCCCUCCUGUGUGGGUAUUCUCAGCUCAGUCAGAGAGAAAGAGAAAGGUUUUCUAACCAGGCGAGAGCCUGGGAAACAGUUGGGAAAGAAUGUAAAUCAUUCUCUAAUCUAUCUUGUUAUUCACAUUGUUUAUAGAUACGUUCUGCCACUGUGCGUCAUGCACUGCACACCAAUGGUGGGGGAUGUUUUUACUCUAAGACCAAUGAAAUCAGUCUUCUCCAUGUUCUCUAUAUACAGAGUGGUACAUUUGAAAUAAAGAGAAAGUUCAUUUUCUUA